CGCCGAUUUCUCAGGGCUGAAUGUGAAAGCAGAACAGGUGACAGGUAAAGAGACAGAGUAAGGAUAUAUGCAAGGCAAGAGAGCUUAUGAUGGAGGUCACACAAUUUCAGAAGAUUGGCAUUGGCCUUACAGGGUUUGGAAUGUUUUUUGUCCUUUUUGGUGUAAUGCUGUACUUUGACUCAGUCUUGUUGGCAUUUGGAAAUAUCCUCUUCCUGGCUGGGUUGGUCUUCAUCAUCGGCCCCAGGAGGACCGCCCAUUUCUUCUUCCAGAGGCAGAAGUUUAGGGCAUCUUCCUUCUUUCUCGGGGGCGUGGCUCUGGUCCUGCUCCGUUGGCCAAUCAUUGGCAUGCUUGUGGAGAGUUAUGGCUUUGUUCUUUUGUUCAGGUCAUUCUUUCCAAUGGUUUUUGGAUUUGUGUUCUCAAUAAUAAAUAAUCCAUUCCUUGAUGCGUUGUUCAAAAAACUGUUCGGAAGCAACACCUCUAUGGUUUGAAUGAGGGAAAAAAAAUGUAUUUGUAUUAUUAUAGAAAUGAGUUGUAUUUAUUAUUAAAUAUGUAUGUAAUC